GCUCUUCCGUCUUCAGCAGGUGCUGCGAGGGAGGAAGAGGGAGGUGGCAGCGGGGGAGGCAGUAGCGGCAGCGCCGGGAACCUCCCUCAGGCCGGCGGCAAUGGCGGUGGCGGCGGUAGUGGCAGCAGUGCUGCUGCUGUUGCCCCCGGCCAGCGUGCCGUCCCGCUGUCCGCCCCCGGCCGCCGCAAACGCAGCAACAGAAGCAGCACCGCCACGGACACCAACCCCACCGCCACCGCCACCUCCACCUCCAGCCUGCUAGACCGGCCGCUGGCCCCCUCCGAAGCUCGCAAGCUGUUGGGGCCGCUGCUUAGGCUGAGGCAGGCGUGCUGCCACCCGCAGGUUGGCGCGGGUGGCAUCCGCGCCUUGACUGCAG